AUGGUGUCAGAUCAGGUCCCUCAUGUGACUGAUUCAUUUGUCUGUACUUCAAAUCAUUUGCAGGACACAAACGCUUACGUUGGCGCUGUUUCCAGCCCAACGCGUUGGUUGACUGUGAGUGGUGGAAGGCUCUGUCCAAUCAUUGUGUGGGCAUUGCAGAUGAUUAAGAAGUACACAGAAGUGGAGGUGACCAUCCUUGUGGCGGCGUUGCGCCCUCGCCUUCGUGAGAUGUUCGCCAACUCAGGAGUAUUCUCGCUGUUGUCGGAGGAGAAUUUCUUUGUCAGUGUGCACGAUGCGGUGCUCGUCGCUCUUGCUGAGCUGCAUUCGACCACUACGGUGGCGGCUGCUGCGGAGGAUGGAAUGGGGGGAGCGGUGGCGCUCCGACGUCGUCUCACUAUCGAUGAGAUGAUUAAGAAGUACACAGAAGUGGAGGUGACCAUCCUUGUGGCGGCGUUGCGCCCUCGCCUUCGUGAGAUGUUCGCCAACUCAGGAGUAUUCUCGCUGUUGUCGGAGGAGAAUUUCUUUGUCAGUGUGCACGAUGCGGUGCUCGUCGCUCUUGCUGAGCUGCAUUCGACCACUACGGUGGCGGCUGCUGCGGAGGAUGGAAUGGGGGGAGCGGUGGCGCUCCGACGUCGUCUCACUAUCGAUGAGGUGCGCAGUAUCCUUGAAACGGAUCCCGACGUCACCACCGAUUUGUCGCUUCUGGACCAGCGUUCCUACGACCAGCGAUGGACACGCGUUCUCUCGUCCCCUAAACCAGUUUCCAUACAGGGCGAAACUUCAGGUCUGGAACUGCCGAAAGUUUAG